AUGGUCGCCCAACGCUGGCAAGCCUGGAAGCGCCGUCCAAAGGAUAAGGAUUCCAGCUAUGACAACACGGCGUGGUGUAAUCGGGAUCUGAUUCCAAUUCCACCAUCUAGACGCACUUUUGGUACUUGGUCCUAUAUCGGUUACUGGACUGUCUCCGGAUCCAACAUAUCGGCCUGGACUGUGGGGAGUACGCUGCUUGCGUUCGGUCUCAGCCCUCAGCAAGCUAUAAGCGCCGUGGUGGUCGGUGGUAUUUUGACCGGUCUCCUUGCAGUUGCAAGUGGCUGGAUGGGAGCUAAGCACCAUAUUGGGUUCACGGUCGCUAGCCGCCAUUCAUGGGGCAUGAGGGGAUCCUACAUCCCUGUCCUACUGAGAGUGUUUUUGGGAAGCAUGUGGUUUGGCAUGCAAGCCUUCUGGGGCGGACAGGCAACACGAGUCUGUUUUGGUGCUAUUAUUCCAGGUCUUGCGCAUAUGAAGAAUUCUUUUGACCCCGAUUCGCAUUUGGAGACAAAGGACUUCAUCGGCCUGGCAAUUUGGUUUGUUGCUUUCAUCCCUUCCCUCCUAAUUCGACCAGAACGACUUCAAGUGCCAUUUGUAGUCUGUUUUGCGCUCUUCUGCUGUUCCGCGUUUGGGAUGCUCAUAUGGUCUGUAAGUCAAGCGCAUGGCCCGGGUACCAUGUUUCAUCAGCCUGGGACCGCACCGGAUCUAGGAUGGGCAUUCAUGUUUAGCAUCACUGCAAUCCUAGGCGCCUGGGGUGGUGGUACUCUAGGCCAGUCUGACUGGACGCGUUAUGCAAGUCAUAAGCACGCACCCGUGGUAUCGCAACUCAUUGCAUCCCCUAUGACAAUCACUGUCACUGCCAUCAUUGGUAUUGUGGUGACUAGUGCGGCCCGCGAUGUUCUUGGUGGUGAUAUUAUCUGGAAUCCUAUAUACCUUUUGGCAGCCAUGCAGGACCACUACCAGUCCAGUUCUGCAGUACGAGCGGGUGUCCUUUUUGCUGCCCUUGGCUUGGUAGCGUCCCAGCUAGCGGUACGGCCUUCCAGCUUUUGCAUGCCUGGUUUUCUGUUUGAAGUUGCUAAUGCGUGGUUUGGCAGAUAUCUCUGGUUCUCAACUCCGUUUCAUGUGGGAUGGACCUUGCUGGGCUGUGGCCCAAGUAUAUCAAUAUCCGACGAGGUGCAUCACUCAUGGUCUGUGUUGGAAUUGCCAUUCAGUAUGUGUGCUUGUCGUUUAUGCACGUAUUUGACACACUAACACCAGUAGACCAUGGCAGCUUCUAGCGACAGCAACCAAGUUUCUUCAAGUACUCAGCGGUUUUGGCGUCUUUCUCGCACCAGUAAUGUAAGUGAAUGACAUACUCCCACCUUUUGUCAUGAACCUAACUUGUCAAAGUGGGAUGCAACUCGCGGAUUACCACAUAAUUCGUCGCCGAAAGCUCAAGGUGUGCGAUCUCUAUUUUGGAGGUUCGAGCUCAAUAUACUGGUUUAACCACGGAUUCAAUUGGCGAGCUCCUGCAGCCUUCAUACUGGGUUGUGGACCGCUUCUCCCGGGCCUCAUUGCCACGAUCAAUUCCUAUAAAGGUUCUGCUUGGACCGGUUGGAUCCGACUUUACAAUCUCACCUUUAUUGUAGGCAUGGCCAUCGGAUUUUCCGUGUUUCUGAUAUUGAACUUUGCAUUUCCCGUACAAGGCCUUGGGCAGGAGACGGAGUUUGUAUCUUCCCAGCGUGCGAGUGUUGUGGAGGAAGAAGUGAAGGAGACAGCGUAACGUUACGCAAUGACGUAUCGUAUGGCCUUUUUUUUUUUGUUUGUUCC